AGAACUGCCUGUACACUGGAAAACAAUAGAAAUAGCACAGUAGGGCAGAGUUUGAUUGUUUGUUGUCGUGUUUCCUUUUUCAUCUGCCGUCUCAUCGAGAACAAGGAUCGGUCAGUGUUUUCUACUGGACAUACUACCUUUAAGUGAACAUUUGAGCAAAAGUGAAUGUAUUAUGCUUUGUUACCAAGCUAGUUAGCUAGCUAGCAGGCUAGCUACAUCCGUAGCUUGUGAAGAACUGCUAUCUAACUAGCGUUUCGUUCAGUGUAGGCUACAGAAUCAGCUGUUAGCCAAAGAGCUACUUUUAAGUUUCAAAAGUUAGCUGGUAGAAGUUCUUAUGUUUGAAGAAUGACUGCGUUGUUUUGUUGCUGGAGGUACUUGUUUUGAUAUCGGAGGGCACAGCGAUUUUUUUUAGUUUUCAGAACUGAAUGCACACGCAUCCAACGAGUCUUUAGGAAAACUUGUUAAUUUUGGUGGGUUAAACUUCUGAGCUAGAAACUCUAAAGAGUUUUGUGUUGGCAGUUAGCAGCUUGCUAACCAACCAAGCUCCUGUUGUUGUCUGUUCAACUUUUUGGAUAAUGCACAGGUGUUUUCUACACUUGCGUAUUCACAUGGUAUCAUGUUUUUGUAAGUUCUUUAGUCGCGUGUGUUCUUGAACAGUUUCGUCAGCAAAUUCGGUGGGUGAAAGUUGGAACUGAGCUUCUGAGAGCUCUUGGAGUAGGAUUGCGCACAGCUUUAUGUUUAGGAGACCUGUGUGGUUAUUUUAUUUUACCUUGUGCCAUUAAUUUGCGUCAAGGUCUAAAACGGAACGUUUGCAACUAUUGGGAGAAAUUGUGUCAUAUCUGCCGUCUAUGUUCGCUAUGUACUGUGACGGACACCCCCGUCUUCGGCUGUGCUUUCUGUGUUGAUUGGGGGUGAAGUGCCAUCAUAGCUGAGAUUGUAAGUAGGAAUCAACUACUUCCAAAAGGCUGAGGUUGAUAGUGGCAGUUUUUGUUCCGUUUGAAAUGUAAGUAUCAAGCCCUUUGGAAGAGCAACGGUUGAUUUUUUUCGGAGAAUACAGCGAACAGUAUUUUCAUCUAGUUAUCGUUAAUUGUACAACAAUAGUGUGUGUACGGUAGCUUAAAAAUCGGAACAUGUAAACCAACUGUUAUGAGGAAAAGGCACUCUGUCGGGGUGCAGUUUAUUUUAAAGCCUGGUUGUUUUAUAUCGGGCAAAAGACUCGCAGUCAAAACGACAAAAAUGGUGGCAGUCGUGCGUGUUUUGUGAAAGGCAGCGGGGUAGAGACACCCACUCACUGAAGAAGCACAUUCAGCAUUAAAAGUUGCUUGUAUCCGGAGCACUGAAACCAAGCCCCGGAGAUUUACACACGGGAUCAUUGAUGAUGGCGGAUUUUGUCAUGCCGCGACAUAGCGCGGUGAUGGAGCGGCUACGCCGUCGAAUCGAACUCUUCAGACGGCACCACACCAGCUGCGAGAACCGCUACGACAACACGGGCAUGGAGCGGCUGGAGAUGGAACGACAGCAGACGCUCGCGCUGCAUCAACGCUGCUUGCAGACCAAGGCCAAACGGUCGAGUAAGCACAGGCAAACGCAGCCGACAUCCGAUCAAACGACGCCAAGGGGUUCGGGAACCGGGGGAGGCAACGCAGAGCUCGCCGACAGCGGGACGCCUGGAGAGCCGAGCAGAAACAGUACUUUAAUUGCGCUGCAGGAGACGGUGAAGAGGAAGCUCGAGAGCGCCAGUUCGCCGCUGGGCCGCGACCAGAUCAACGGUUUCGGAGAUGGCGGCGGCUACCCGCCCUCUAAAAAGGCGUGUCUGGAGGGCGGCCUCAACGGCGGCUCCAACGGCGGCAUGCCCCCGCACUCGCCCCUGGACACCAAGCACGGCCUGGGGCCCGACUCGCUCCUGCACAACGGCACGCACGGAAGCGUGGAGCAGAACGGCGGCACGGGAUUGGACGGCCGUGGUGGGGGCUCGUCGUCACGGGAGCAGGACAUGCAUCUGCUGAAGGAGCUGAAGCAGGAGCCCAUGGACGACAUCCUGCCCACGCAGGGCGGCACGGGCGGCAACAGCAUCUUCACCGAGCUCAACCUGAACGAGCAGGAGUGGUCGGAGCUGAUGGAGGAGUUCAACAGCUCGGUGGACUACGAGGACAUCCAGGACAUCUUCAACGACACGCUGGACAGCAACGGCAAGGAGCCCGACAUGCCGCCCGCCGCCGUGGGACCGCCGCAGGUGACGACGACGCCAGGAGCGCGGCCCAUGUCGCAGCAGCUGCCGCCGGACCUGGCCAGCAUCAAGACGGAGUUCCCGGGCUCGACGUUCGACCCGGAGCCGCGGACGUCGUCGCCCCACAUGCGGUCGGGUCUCUCGGGGCCGGCCAUGCACACCAGCUCCCCCAACACCAGCGCCGCCGGAGCCUCGGCGUCCUCCUCCCCGGCCCUGCCGGUUCCCCCGCAGCAGCAGCAGCCUCCCGGUCCCCAGUCCCAGGUGCAGCAGCCUCCUCAGGGCCAGCCCCAGUCGCGGCAGCUGCAGCAGAACCACUUGAUGGGAGGACCCCCCAAGGACCUGUCUCCGGCCCAGCAGCUGAAGCAGCUGGCGGCGCAGCAGCAGGCGGCCCAGCAGCAGCGGGCCCAGAUGAUGCAGAGCCAGCAGCAGGUUCAGAAGCAGCAGCAGCAACAGCAGCAUCAGAGAAAACAACAACAACAGCAGCAGCAACAGCAGCAGUCGCAGCAAGCCGCCAAGUUCCCUGGCCACCCCAACCACCCCUCGUCGUGGUCCCAGGCGGCACCGCCUACGCAAAGCCCGCUCGGAGGCUCUGUGUACGGCCUGGACAAGCCCACCAGCCCGUCCCUCUACCAGCAGGACUUCCCCAACCCCAAGGCCAUGCUCAUGCCCGGCCAGCCGCCCAACAAGGGCUCCCCGAAAGCGGGCACCGCCGGGGGCUACAUGGGGGCGCCCGGCGCCCACCCUGGCAUGCUGGGUCACCCGGGCCAGGGGGGCAUGGGGCACCCCCAGGGCCCCGGAGGGCCUCAGUCGUCCAUGCCGGACUACAGCAACACCAAGCCCCUGACGCACUUCGAGACGGCAGGGGGCCCGAUGGGGGGGCCACAGGGCCCGGGCUCCGCCUCAGCAGCGGCCAAUCAGAAGGCAGCGUUGUUACACAUGAUGCGGCAGCAGCAGCAACAGCAGCACAUGAAGCAGAAGGCCGCCGGGCUGCCGUUCCGCGCGCCGCCACACAUGCAGCAUCCACAGGACCAGGGCAGCUACCCGUCGGCACCCCACGUCCCCGGCCCCGGCGGCGCCAUGCCGGGCCAGCAGGCGGGCAACCCCAUGGCGGCUAACCAUGCCAACGCGGCGUACCUGAGCGGGCAGGCCCAGGCCCAGGCGCAGGCCCAGGCGGCGCAGGCACAGGCCCAAGCCCAAGCACAGGCUCUCAAGCAGCAGCAGCAACAGCAGCAGAUGCACCUGAUGGAGCAGCAGCAGCAGUUCCUCAUGGUGCAGAAGCAGAGGCAGCAGCAGCUCCUCGCCGGGGAGCAGGAGAAGCAGCGGCAGCAGCAGGAGCAGCAGCAGCUCCAGAGGCACCUGACGCGGCCGCCGCCCCAGUACCAGGAGCAGCAGAACCAGCCGGCCAACCAGAACCCAUUCCAGACACAGGCGCAGGUUGCACAGUUCCCAGGUUCAGCUCAGCCAAUGAACCCCAUGGGAGGUCCCGCCCCCGGCGCCCAGCGCAUGUUCACCCAGGCCCAGAGCAUGAUGGGAAUGGGCGUGGGGCAAGGCGGCGGUCCCGUCCCUGGAGCUCCCCCCACGGCGGCCGGCCAGGCGGACAUGAGCGGGCUGGCGGCGUGUGGCGGUGGCGGCGGCGGCUUGGACGUGCAACAAGUGAUCUACAACAACAUGGGCGCCAUGCACCCCUCGCAGCACCCGGUCCAGCAGCGGCCCGGGCCCGGCGUCGGCCCGGGGGGACCCGGAGGGAUGCCACCGGGCUCCUUCCACCCCAGUGUCCUGGCGCAGCAACAGCAGCACCUGAAGAACCAACCCAACGCCGCCCUGCUCAAACAGCAGCAGAUGGCACGACUACCCAGCAACAUGGCCAACCCAAUGGGCACGGGCAUGGGAGCGGGUAUGCCAGGCGGAAUGCAGGCGGGUAUUCCUACACAGGCGCAGCAGGCCUGGCAGCAGCAGCAGCAGCAACAACAGCAGCAGCAGCAGGCGGGCAUGCAGGCGGGCAUGGGUGCCCAGCUGGCAUCCAGCAACGGCGGCAUGCCCACGGGCUUCGGCGGGCAAGGCUUCCACAUGCAGCCGCGCAUGGCCAAGAUGCCAGGCGCGGGGCCGUUUGGGCAGCCGGGCCUGGGCGGCCGGGGGCCCAUGGGGGGCAUGAACCCGAGCCAGAUGAUGGCCGGCAUGCCCCAGCAAAGGACCAACAACCCCGGCAUGGGGCAGCAACCGGGCGGGCCCCAACCUCCGCAACAGCAGCAGCAACCAGGCCAGCCCGGCCAGCCUCCUCCCCAGGCACACCUGGCUGCCUUUGGUCAGCCUCAGCCCGGAGCCGGCGGGGUGCCCAACCGGCCCGGCGGCGGCAUGACCUGUGGUCAGGGCUACCAGGUCAACAGGACGUCUAACCAGCAGCUGCCCUUUGGCUACAACGCCCCGACGGGCGGCGGGCUGCCCAGCUUCCCCGGGGAGAGCGACCUGGUGGACUUGGUGGACUCGUUAAAGGGCCAGGCUACGCAGGAGUGGAUGGACGACCUAGACGAACUGCUGGCCAGUCACCCGUAAGGGAGAGGCGUGUGGGAGCGGGUGAAAUGACUGUUCGCAGCGAAUAGGACAUCAGUGCUGCCAGAUUGACAGCCUAUGACUGCCCUGCGUGACCCCUAACCCCACUGCGAUCUCAUGCGUAAUCUUUCCUCCUUGGAAAUUGUUAUGUAAAUGCUUCUGGCAUCAUGGACACUUUUGAUUUUGCCUGAGAAACACCCUCGAUGGGGACUGCCUUAAGCAAAACAAAAAAAAGCUUUUUUUUUUUGCGAGUAUGUUUCUUGCGUGUGUAUAUAUACCAGGUGUAUAUAACAGAGUUGUGAAGGGAUUAUAGGGCCGAAGGUCUGAGAAAAACGAUAAGUAUUCCCGAGCCAGGGAACAAAAAGAAAAAGAGAGAAUUUAAAAAAAUGAAAAGUAAAAAAAAAUAACUUUUUUAAAAUGGAGAGAAAAAAAAAUCAAACACUACUACUGAACCUGUGGCUCAGUACUUUAAACCACUGAAUCCCAACACGACACAGCAGGAGGGUUGAUCAUCGACUUUUUUUUUCCCUUUCUUUCUUUCAAGAAGCCCAAUGUGUAUUGUACUGGAAUAACCCAUAUAAUGAUGCCUCCGCUUCAGCUGGUGAACGGUUAAACCUGUCUGAGUGACGUCUUUUGUUGCCUUUCUGUGUCCUCUUCUCAGUUUGGUCGCGCAGAUAAGGGACUGUGUUUGGCUUUGUCCAGAUGGCCUGCACUGCCUUGUUGUUUUAGUUUUUAUUGCUAAAGGUGCUAAAGUAUUUUGAACACCACAUCUCUGCAGUCAUAGCUCUUUUGUUUGGCUUUUUGAUUUUCUUUUCUUUCUUCCUUUUCCAAUGGUGCUUUUUUUAAAAACUACAUAUAAAAGAGGCUCAUCACCAGAACUGCAUCUCACUUUUUUCCCCCUUCACCUUUGCUCGUGCCUGUGUUGGGUUUUUUUCCUCCAUCUCUGUCUUUUUUUAAGACAAGAGAGUCCUUCUGUUACUUGUUCUCACCUUGUUGGGGUUUUUAAUGUGGACUUGUUGUUGUUCGGUCCAUAGUUCUCUAUUCCCCCUCUCCCCUCUUGUUCUCCACACGGCAGCUGCCUUGUAGAUCCGGGCCUGUCGAUCUUGGACUCUGUUCUGUUCUGUCCUGGAAUGUUCUGCUGUCCAACGUUCUCACUGAUUACCAAGGAGAUGAUCUCUCUUUUAUUUUUUCUCCCGAUAAUUUUUCAGAGUCCCCUUUAAUUGUUCAUAUCAUUUGCAUCUCAGUGCUGUUCCAUGCACUCUGUCGUUCAUGGUGGUUUGUCAUUGCUGUUCGUAGAAGGCAGGUUUCAUGUUCAAUUGAAAAUAAGAAACACUAAACACUCUGAACUUGGGUUUGGGUGAGUUACACCCACAUACGUUCAUUUCCAUCACGGGGUUGUGUUGGACACAGGUUACACACACUAAAAGUCAGGUUUGGUCUGUCUCUCAGAAUUUGACUGAUUUUUUUUUUUUUUGUCAUAAUGUGACUAAUUCCCAAACUGUAGGAGUGUUUUUUUUUCCCCGUCUUUGACACACAGAAUUAUUUUACAGAGAAAAAAAAGGAUACAAUUGAGAUCUUCCAGAGUCAAGGCCUUUUAGUGCUGUAAUAGUUGGAGAUACCCUGAAGAUAUCCUGUGUCGGGAUGCUCUUGUAUAUUUAUAUAUAUAAAAUAUUUUUUUGUAUGUAUGAAUUUUAUUUGUCAGGAGAUGGAUCUUAUUUUUUUAUGUACAUUCAUGCCAAUUUUGUAAGUGUUUUAUACUUUUAUUAUGGUUCUCUGUAAAAGAGUAUUAUGUAAAUAUAGUUCACUAGAAAAGAACUCGUGCAGUGGUUUUGGUUCUUUCCCGAUUCAGAGAAUUUCAACAUCACAGGAGUGGAGUGAAUUUAAGUGUAUUUUAGCGCAAAAAGCCAAAGUCCAUUCUCAUACACUGUCGCAGUAUGUGCAUGCAAAGUAUUUAGACUAAAUAAGUAAAUCCUAGACACAGGAGAGGCAUUGUUUAUUUUAGUUGGAACAUGUUUGUCAAACAUGCAUGAUGACUACCUAUGAAGGAUGCAAAUAACCUUGCAAAUACCAUCAGUGAAAUGGAAGAUACUAUAGCAGUAUACCCAAACCACUACGGAUGUCAAGCCUAGCCUGCCAUAGUCAUAGCUUACGUAGUAUUUGCCGACAAGAUAAAUGAAAAACACACACGCCUUCAGAUUAUGUGGAAUCAUUACAAUCGCAAAACGUAAUAUUAAAAAAAAUUGAAACUACACAGUUCUAGGGGUGCUGAUAAGGU